UGGUCACACCGCUCUGUCCAGUCCCAUGUGGUGAAACUAGGUCUUUCACUUUCAAAUUAUAAAUGAAACUUUAAAGAAAUGCUGCGCAAAUCAAAGAAAGAGCCUCAAACGGUGGCCGAAAAGGUCAGCAAACUCCUGGCCCAUCCGAACGAGAGCGACAGUGCGGAGGAUUCGGACUUUGACGUGGCCACUGGGCCCCGUCUGGUGGACUUCGAGGAGGAGUACGACCUGCCGGAUGCUCGGAGCACCGACUUUCGGAAGAGGAACGUCAAGCUGCUCUCGGAGCAGAGUGAGCGGUACAAGGGCAAGAUCAGCAGUCGCAGGGAACUGGACGAUGAGGAGGAUGAGGACCAGGACCAGGAGCUGUCCUAUGAGGAUAGCGAUGAGGAGGAAGAUGAUGAGGAUUUGGCUGACUUUAAGUUAAAAUUAAAAGCUGGAGAGGCUGAAGAUCCAGAGGAGUCCAGUGAAGAAGAGGAUGAGGAAGCUAUGGCUUCCUUUAAAGAGCAACCAAAAGGUUCUACUGGAGAUUCCGAAUCUAAAGAAAGUGAAAACGAAGAGGAGGAUUACGACUCUGAAUCUGGCAGUCAAGAUAGUCAAACAGAGGACGAGAAUGAUGAUGACGACAACGAUGACGAUGAAGAUAUAGAAGCAGAGGAAGACACCAUUAAACCCUCGGAUGUAAUGUCCAAAACCAACCACCAGGCUGAAAUCCAAAAAGGACUGUGCGUCCAAAACCAACUUCGCAUUUGGGAGCGUCUCCUUGAGCUGAGGAUCAACACUCAGAAGUUCACAAGCAAGGCUAAUCAGUUGCCUGGACCGGAGACAUUGCAGAAAAUGGGUUCCCACAAUGAUGAGCUUCAAUCGGUGCUAAGCGAGGCCCAGGAGCGCUCAUCCAAGCUAUUGCAGCAACUUCUGGCCCUUCAGUCGGCGCUCCACCAGCAAAACUCGGAGAUGAGAAAAUCAGUGAAACGAAAGCAGCCUUCAGAGGAUUCGGAAAUACCCGCGAAACGGUUUGGUUCUGUACUGCACAACAAUUUCCAGCAGAUGACCGGAUACCGCAAUGAAGUUCUGCUGAAGUGGGACGAUCGCACCAAACUCCUGACCCCCGGAGCAGGUGUGAAGCGCAAGUCCUUACAGGAGGACUACGACAUCAUCAAGAAGAUCGACAGCGCUCUGGCAAAUCGGGAGGCGCUCGUGGAAAAGUCGCAGACGCCAAAGAGUAAUCAGGCGGAGCAGCAAGAAAACGAGCCGGUGCAACCUUUGAAGCACAUCUACGACGACAGCGACUUCUACCACCAGCAGCUUCGAGAGCUCAUCGAGUACAAGGCCAGCUCCUCGUCCAACAUGAGUGAGAUUACCAAGCAAUUCGUAGAGCUGCAAAAGCUGCGCCAGAAGAUGAAGAAGAAGGUGGACACCAGGGCCAGCAAGGGCCGAAAACUGCGGUACGUGGUUCACAACAAACUCAUCAACUUCAUGGCGCCCAAUGAAGGUAGCGACUGGACGGAGAGCUCCAAGUCAGAGUUGUACAAAUCAUUAUUUGUCUAGAUAAAAUAUAAUAUAAGUUUAAUAAAACAAUAAAUGGUAUAUGAAUUUUUUAAAUAAGAA